AUGGCUUCCUCCAUAGCCUCACCGGUACCGCGAUCGCAUACCGCUAGUCGUUCGAUGCGCAAAGAUGUCGUGAACUUGCAAUCGCAGGAAGACGGCCGCGGCACGCCUCUUCCCCAAUACGAGAAGACACAAUCAGUCCCAUUUACACUCACACUACAAGAAGAAAAGGACAAACCAGGUCAAUUCCAGUUGGUAGUCAACGUCGAUCCCCAACAUCAGCAUGCCGGCGGCGGGGACCGUUUGAAGGCGUCUCCAUCGAAGAAGCUUGUCGCGAACCUACAACAAGCACCAAGCUUAGGCUACGACGUAUCGCAAUUGUAUCAAACACAGAAGUCGAGCCCUCCAUCAACACCACAAGCAGAACGGCAGGAGUGGUCGGAGCUGGAUGCUAUACCUCCGGAAUUCCUAGAGAAAGUUGUGCCGGACUGGAAGGUCACAUUCUCGCGGAGCGAUUCUACUGCUUCGACACAAUCGCGCAAACUGGCCGAUAUCAAAGCGCGCAUAAAGAAGAGCGGAAAGGGGUUUGUUGUCAGGCUUUUGAAGGGUUCCAACGCAGAUACAAACGAGGUUAGGGAGGUUCACCUGGGUCGCAAUUCUGUCAACCAACUGCCGACACUUUCGGAGCUCGAUUCUACGGCGCCUCCAGUGGAGCUGGACACUGGCAAAACUAACAAUCCCAUACCGACUGACGUGUCCAGCGAAGUCUUCGAGAUUGGCACGUCUGGGGAGCCCGGAGUGGAGAAGGCACCCCGACCAGCACCUACCUCUGCAGUCUCCUCGAUUCCUCAAUGGCUCAAUCAAACGUCUAAUGAAGCUUCAAGGAGGAUUUCAUUGCAAGAAGAUAGCUUUAGCGAUGCGGAGACAUUGCUAUCUGAUGUUCGCUCUAUCGCAGAUCAAAUGGAAGAUCAUGCAGACGUUGAACCGAUAUCGUCCGAUUGCUCCGUCUUGCCGACCAGAUCUAGCUCUGUGCUGAGCAUAGUCAAAACUCCAACGCGCGGCCUGUCAGUUGUUGGACCGGUACGGCGUGUGGAAAAGGGCAACCGCGUACGAACAAAAGGGAAGAUGUUAAGAGGAGAUCUCAAUCGUACUGGUGCUCGUAAGUCUUUCAUCGGUCGGUCUCCGCAGGGCUCAAUCUCCGAAUCAGUGGUGUCAGACCGCCUUCGAAAUGCUGCUGCAGCAUUAUCAUUAACACAUGUACCUCGCUCAAAUCCUUCGUCCGAGGAAUCAUCCGAUGAUGCUUCUAGCAAAAAACGCAACAACCAAGACCGACGAACACGACUCGAUAAACCGGAUCUGGCGAAUCGAAAAGUUCGGCGCCAGAGUUCUCUUCCAGACUCUGUCCCAACAGUGCAGCCAAAAACCCUCCCUCGUCUUGAGACCAAUCUUCCUCCUUCCAAAUCCGCGAAUGCAUCACCCACCGCAAUGCGAAAACGCUCACCUCGAACCGGUAGAGUACACACGAGAACGAGGGACGAUACGUCAGUAUCACCUGGCCAUGCCCGUGUAAUUGAUCCCGUGGAAGCUUCACCGGUCUGGUCUGAAGUUGGAUCGACUGAUGCCGAUGAACUUCGCGAAGCACUUGAGGAAGCGUUUGGCACAGUCGCAGAUGAUCUUGAGUCGAGUCUGGACCGGACGAGAAGAUCAAUACCAAGCAUCAAGGAGCCCGUCAACGAUGCUGAAGUGGGAAUGCGUCCGCUCUCGCCGGGUCUUGAGAUAAGAUCUGCGCCUACAACGUCAGGUAAUCGGGUCGCCUUGUUUUGGGGUCUUGCGCUGGGUGCUGUAUUGGAUAAAGUGGUCGAAGGCCUGCAGCAUCUGCGCGAUACAUAUGGGAGCGAACCUCCAGUGCCGGCUAAUCAUGUGCGUGUUCGCUGGACUUGCUCCUGUGGUGAGGACCUCUACGACGACUUCAUCGAACGUCGGCCGGGCGCUGCUCGAUGGCUUGAAGGGUAUCUCAACCGCCCACGUGCGCACACCCCGACCAGUUCACAUAGUCGCUCUAGCACAGCAACCUCGAUGUCAUCGGUCUUCGACAAUGCCAGUAGAGCGUCUACGUUAGCGACACCUUCCUCGACAUACGGUGGAUCUUCAUCCUGGGGCAAGAGUAACAAUAGCUCGAAGUAUAGUCCUACACGUGUCAAGAGUAACAACCCGUUCAGCGUGUCGAUACAUCGACCGGUGGAAGAUUCAUGGCUGUUGACAUGUGCGAAUGAGGGGAAGUUCACACCCAAGGUUGUUCACCUUGACGUCAACACACAGCGGAUCAGAAGCGACAAAGACCUCGCGAUGGUGCUCCGGGAGCAUUACGAGCAUCUCAAUCGGCGUUGGCUGAAGUGGACUAGACUGAGGGGACUGACCACUAUUGAAUUCGUCCACUUCGAAGUGCACCGUAACCGCUUCGCAGAUAUACGCGCCACACCGUCGAUGCCACCUACGACUUCUUCCGUAAGCGAUAAGUCGCCCUCGCAACAUCCGUAUACGUUCGAAACGGUUGAUCUUAUGCCCCCCGUAGGGUCUCAUUAUCUCCUGCAUCUAUUCAAGCAUCCCGAGGAUUAUGAUGGCGAGCUGAUAGCGUAUCUACGCGCUCCUAAGCGCCGUGAAAGACUGGAAUUUGGUAUGGGGUGGGGAAUCAAUCUCGUGGAGGGAUUCCUGGCGCAAAAGGUGUGGGCGGUCUUGAUAGCUGGCUUCGGCGUUGGGAGUGCGGUCUUCGGUAUACUAUGGACCAUCAAGAAAGAUGACGUGCAAGGAGCCUUUGGCGUAGCAGGCUGGAUCGUAACGUUGGCGGCACUGGUGCUCGGCGCUCUGCAGGCCUGGCUAGAGUGA